ACCAAAGUGACGGUGCUGAACCGUACUGAUCAGUCUCAAUCAUGCUUCACUUGGAUCCUACCCUUUUUGAAGAUGUUCCACCCUCUUCUAAUGCUUCAACAGAAUACGAGACAGUGGAUGAUGAAGUUCAGAUUGUUAGUCGCAUUAUAGUACAUGACCUAUAUUCUUUUAGGACUUGGGAAAUUAUAUUUCGAACUACCAGGGAUACAUAUACUACCAGCGCCUCUUUUUUAUUGCUCAGCGGUGCCCUUCUUUGCGUGUUGUAGCACUGCGCCUUGCACAUGAUUACAUCAAAAAGUCUACAUUGGACACCUCCGCAUACAACAAAAUAUUUUUAAUGUUAGCCGAGCAGUUCAGGUGGUGCUUUGCAUGUAAAGUUGUAUGAUAUACUUCGGUGCUCUGUAUUAAAACGUCAGGAAAAUGGUCUUCUCACCGUCUUAAACAACAAUAGAAUCUAUUGCUUCAGGAUUAGUCUGAGUCAACCCCUAAAUUAAGUAGUUGAGCGUGUUGAUCACUUCAGUUGGAAGUUUCGUCGGCCAUGGUGGCUUGGUUUCUGACGAGGUAUGUGUGCAAAUUCAGAAAUCCCGUUUUAGUUUUGCCAACAUGCGUCACUUGUAGCCUAGACAAGAAGUCCUUUUGUCAACCUAAAGACUAGUUUGCCGUGCAGUUCUCCUAGUUCCACUCUAUGGCCAUGAAACUUGGUCUUUAAAUUUAGGAAAUAUUCACAAACUUUUCUGUAGCUGACUCAUCAGCAUCCGGUGAGACUUCUAGGCAACAACAGCAGUCGGCUUUCUCGAUGCGCCUUAUCACAAACAAUCACCUUUCAGAUGGCUUGUCUUUAUCUAAUCCAAGUGAAUUAGGAGUGCUGGGUUCCUCUCUUACGGAAGCUUCCAGAAAUAUUUUAACUGAGGUCAUGUCCGGAAAAAACGAAGCCAAUUUGGUUUACGACGCGAAAUGGGAAGAGUCUACAAGGCGGAAAGGUGUUAUGCUUUUGGAACAGUUAGAUACAGAAUUAAAAAAUCACAAGGCAAAUUCAAUUAAAGAAAGCAUACGUCGUGGUUCUGAUGAUCUUGGUGAUUUGUAUUUACAGUUAGGACAAUUGAGCAAUGCGAAUAAAUGUUUUGCUCGUUCCCGAGAUUAUUGUACAUCUCAACAACAAGAACUGACUAUGUGUUUAAAUGUUAUUAAGGUGGCUAUAUUUCAACGUGCUUGGUCUCAUGUUAGUGCACAUGUUACUCGAGCCAGCAGUUUAUCUGAACUACGUGAUACUGCCCCAUUAUUAGGUGCAAAUGCAGCCGAAUUAAAUGCUCAACAACGAAGCCGUACUGAAGCCCUAGCUCGUUUGGGUACAACACGUACAACAACUGCCGGCACAUCCGGUGAAUCUUCCACACGUGGCUCUUCUAGUUUAAUAGACCCUUCAAGCCGCAUUUCAUCUCGACACCCUGGUGAUAGUAUUGGAGGUCAUAUUCCUACAUCAGGUGGUCAAAGUUAUCGUGAUGCCUUAGCUCAAGCCCGGACUCAGCUAGCUAUUGCUGCUGGACUAGUUGAAUUAGCUUCCCGUAACUACAGAGGUGCUGCAAUGAAUUUCCUUCAAGUUAAUCAUGAUCAUUGUGAAUCACCUACUAGUCGGAUUGUAACUAUAUCAGAUUUAGCAUUUUUCAUUACAUUAUGCAGUUUGGCUACAUUUGAACGUACUGAAUUAGCAACAUUAGUUCUUGGGAAUGCAUCGCUGAGAUUACUUUUGGAAGCAGAACCUGCUUGUCGUGACAUGUUACAGUCGUUCCAUCAAGCAGAUUACGCAUCUUGUUUGGGGCGAUUAAAUAAACUACGAAACAUUCUACGGUUAGAUAUAUUUUUGUCUGAUCAUGUAUCUGCAUUAUGUCGAGAGAUUCGAUCACGUGCACUUUGUCAGUAUUUCAGUCCGUAUUCAUCAGCUGAUUUAAAUUUGAUGGCUAAAGCAUUCGAUACAAAUGUAGCUAAUCUAGAAAAUGAAUUAGCAGUACUUAUCCAAGAUGGAAGUAUUAAAGCUCGUAUUGAUUCACAUAAACAGCUUCUUCGUGUUCUUGACGUGGAUCAGCGAUGUCUAACGUUUGCUCGAGCUGUACGACUUGUUGAUGAGUAUAAAAAUCGUACACAUUCACUGAUACUUCGAAUGGCAUUAGCACGUCAGAAGCUUACUGUUAAGUCGACCAGAGAUGAUAUUGAUCCAAUGUAUCAUUACAUGUCAUAAAAUAACCAGUCUUUGGAUUAAUGAUAAUAACUGCUUAUAAAAUAAUCAUAGUAGUAUGGUAUUAUGAAGCUAUUCAAAUUUCUGUGAUGGGUCAAAACUGUCUGAGAACUUUCAAUUAAUGGAAGAGAACACACACCAACCUGCUUUUACAACAGAUUUACAAUAUCCUCCAUAUUUGAAAAAGACUGUAGAAAUAUUGUCCUGUUUUUCUCACAUAGAACUGUUAAUUUACGCCUAAACACAAAUGCUUACUGCUUCUACCAUAAGUCAUCCUCUUUUACUUCAGUGACACGUGACUAAUUCAUUUGUACUUAUUUUUCACGUUGAAUAUUUUUUAAAGCUAUCAACUUAUCCCCUCCCGUCACAAUUCUGUUGGUCCCCAGUUUUCAUGUUCACGAACUAUCAAAUGUACACAACUUCUGUACACCAAGUCGAAAUACUAUCCUUACUUGAAAGCUUAUGAUCGGUAUAGUAUUAUUUGUCGAUAUUUGAUUUUUAGGUUUUAUUAUUGUAUAAAAUGUUGGUGGAAAUUC